AUGGAAUGCCGUACAUUCGAGAUAACCCUAAUCUCCGCCAACAACCUGGAGAAGCUGACGUGGCUGCUGCGGAUGAAGGUCUACGCCACGAUCUCGAUCUGCGGCGCCACGGAGGUCCAGAGGCGGACGCCGACGGACCGGCACGGCGGCUCCAAUCCGGCUUGGAACUUCACGGCGAGGUACAACCUGAACGAGCAGAUGGUACAACACUUCAACACCAUGCUUGUCGUGAAGCUCUUCAGCCGGAGGCGCCUCGCCUGCGACCUCUACGUCGGAGAGGUUCACACCUCGCUCAAGGAGCUCUUCGACGUCGCGGCCGCCGCCUGUGGCAGCGCGGUUCUGACCUUACCGGUGCAGAUCGGGAGUGCUAAUUCGCAGGGGGCGGUUAGGUUUUCGUAUCGAUUUGGGGAGAGUGUUUCCAUUGAUAAGAUGCUGUUGGCUGAGAGCCUUGCAGGCUGGUCGCAGUGCUAA